AUGGAGACCAGCGCAUCUGAUCAGCCUAUCAAGACGGCUCCCCAGCAGCAAGAUGCUGGCUGCACUAGCAUUAGGGACGAACGAAGCCUGGAACUUCUCGACACUAUUGACGGUCUCCGUGCUCUAGGAAUCAACAACGAAAUACCGCUGCCACAGAUCAUCGUCGUUGGUGAGCAGUCGGCUGGCAAGAGCAGCGUCCUCGAAGCCAUUUCGGGUAUCCGCUUCCCCGCGAAUCAAGGCCGAUCCACGCGGUUUGCCACUGAAGUCAUAUUACGACAUGCUCGGUCAGAAAGUACCGAUGUACGCAUCAAGCUACAUGAUGAGUUGGAGGGCUCUCCUCAGAGACACCAACGUCUAGAUAUGUUCGAACGGCAGGUCCAGGAAAUGACAGAAGAAGGCCCCCUGCGUCUGGAACAGAUUCCGGACAUCAUGCGCAAAGCCACUACGGCAAUGAACCUGGACGACAAUGAGUCUUACUCCAGAGACAUCCUACAGAUCGAAGUUAAAGGUCCAGCACAGGAUCAUCUUACUCUGAUCGACCUCCCUGGUAUCAUCUUCCACUCACGUGACGAUGUUAGUGCCCCAGAUCUGGUUGAAGACAUGGUCAAGGAAUACGUGCGGAAUGAGCGUUCUAUUAUUCUUUCCGUGAUCACCACUUUGAGAGACUACAACUCCCAAGCCAUCCUGAAACUGCUGAAGAACGUGGCCGGGGGCUCACAGUCGGACACGGACAAAGCAACUGCUCGAGCGAUUGGCGUCAUUACCCACGCCGACCAACUGCCGAGAACUGGACCUCGUCAUACUGAAUAUCUGGAGCUGUUUGAGUCCAGCAGGGAGUCCGACCUAGGUUUGGGGUGGCAUGCACUGCGAAACCCUGGCCUGGAGGAACGGGCGAUUGAGGGAUUUGAUCGCGACUCCCACGAAACGGAACUCUUUCGGAAAGAUCCCUCAUGGAUUCGAGUUUCCGAUACCGACAAGGGAGCCGCAUCGUUACGAUCCAAGCUCAGUCGGCUGCUCACAAACCAUGUGAGCAAAGAGUUGCAACACGUUGUUGCUUGUUUGGACGAGAAACUUGCAGAAUGUGAGACAGAACUCGACAGAUUAGGCCGUCCACGCUUCAGUCAUUCCGAUAACCUUGAAUACUUAUCUGCCAUCGGGCAGGAGUACUACAAAAGGAUGGAGGCCACUCUGAAGACCCCCCUGAAGAACGAUUUCUCGGCACAAAAAGGACUGCCCCUUGCGGGCGAGGUGCGGUCGCGUUGCGACUCAUUCGCUGCAGGGUUUAGUGCAACAGGGAUGCGAUGGCUUUGGUCUGCGAACGAGACGGAUGCCGCAGCCCAAAGCGCUGUCAUUGGCAGAUCGUCAGCAACGCAAGACUCUCCACUCAAGAUCACUGCAGAUGCAUACAUUGAGAAGGUCGCGACGCUCUGGGAGGAGCAUCGUGGCUGGCAAAUGCCUGGUACUCUCGACCCUGCAAUGCUCGAGGUUCUUUUCCACGAUCAAACAAGCAGAUGGGCAGAUCUGGCGACACGGUUCGUUGACGAUGUAUACGGGCUCGUGCACGACCAUGUCUGUCAGACUGUUGCAACUCUAACCAACCAGCACAGGUCAGAGCUCUUGAUAGGGUUGAAGUUCGAGCCUGAAUUACGGAAGCGAAAAGCAGCACUGGACAAGCGCUUGGUCAUGCUGUUGAGACCUCAUACCAGCCGUCGCCCCAUGACAUGGGAUGCAAGACUUUCGCAACUGAUACUGGCCGACGAGCUGCAAAUCGCAAAAGAUGAACUCCCUCACGGAGAAUUGGAUUCUACCGGUAUGGCGCACGCACUCAAACGAUACGCUUGCAAGCGACUGGGACUUCAUGUGUAUGCGCACUAUCAAAUCGCGGAACCUGCUUUUCUCGACAAUCUGUUCCUACUGGGAAUAGAAGAUUGCCUUAUGCAAGGCCUUGCAGAGAUAAUGUCCCCCAGCACGUUAAUCAGCGAAAGUGAGCAAACCGUCCAAGCACUAGCUGCAGAAUUUAGCUGGGACGCAGAAAGGCGAGACCGGCUUCUGAAGAGACGGGACAAGCUUGAAGCUGGCCGUCGUCUAUGCAAGAGCUACAAACCGACCUCGGAACCCUCCAGGGUAUCUGAUCAACCGCUCGAGGGGAAGACUGAGCCUGGCUCAAUCUCGUCGCCGACAAUCCCUCGCUUCCGUCGGCCACACUCGCCACCGCAGCCUGAGCCAUCUACAGAGUCCAAAUCCCCUCCCGAGACGCCCUCAUUCACGUGGUCAUCGAUCAGCGCUCGUAGCUCCAACCUCCCGGCAUCCACAGCUCAAACGAGUCCAUCUCCAUCACCUCAAAAAGCCAAAGCGCUCGGUCCACCUCAUGCUAUAGAUCCUUUUACCUCAGGUACCGAGAGUCGACCAAAUUGA